AUGAGCCAAGCGCCAUCCAUCCAUAUCUACCUUGGGAUCGUGGUCGUUUCGAAUAUUUUCGCUACUUCUCUUUUUGGAAUUAUAACGGUCCAAGUCUUCUGCUACUUUAAGCAAUUUUCGAGGGAUCAUCGAAUACUGAAGGGUUUGUGCUACUGGGACGUGAUGUACAGGUUAUUGGGUUAUGGUACUCUUGAUUCGUCAUUCUUUGUGAAAUACCGUGUUAAGCUCUGGAUUGCGUGUGUGAAGGUUUCUCACUUUACUCGAUCUCGGUACCCUGUGGACCGGUUUGUUCGUGUUCCUUUUCCAUCCGACGUCUUCUUUUGCGGCCAAAAUAUGUUGACCGUUGCCGCCAUAGCUUCCCAAGCUUACCUUGUGCAUAUCCUGUAUAAAUUGACAGAAAAUCGCAUCCUUCCAUCUAAGAUCAUUGCUAUCGUCCUCGAAAUUGUAUCAAUGACAUUUGAUCCCAUCCAGCUUACACACCUCUGGUAUAGUGCCCUAGCUACCCUCCUGAUAGCGUCCACAGAUGCGUUGAUUUGUGGCUCCCUUGCGAUCUCAAUAUGGCGACGUGGCGCCGCACGUUCCAGAGGCAACGCUCACAUGUGGUUUGUUUCCUAUAUUUUGGCAACAGGCAUGUUAAAUUCCACGGCCUCACUCGGCGCCUCUAUCGGUGUGUUCUGUUCAGAAGCUCAGUUGAUCAUCCCUUUGAGCGUAUUGAACUGUGAAUUCUAUGUCUUCGGCUUAAUGGUCAAGUAG